CUCAAAUCUUGUGGAGCUUGACAGCCAUGGCAAAAGUCCCUGUCCUCGAUCUGUCUCCCUUCCUUCGAGCACAAGAGAAGGCUCCAAGGCCAGAUGUGACAAUCAGCAACUUACCUGAGGACGCCCAAGUGGUGGCGCGCACAUGGCGCCAGGCCUUUGCCGAGUUCGGCUUCUGCCAAGCCAUCGGCCAUGGGGUCCCGGAUGAUGUCAUAGAAAAUGCAUAUGCGACUGCGCAAAAGUUCUUUCAAUUGCCCUUCGAAGAAAAGAGUCGCUGUGACACCGGCAAAGAGUAUGGAGCAUCCAGUGGCUUCACAGCCCGUGGCAAGGAAAGGGUGAGCGCGACUGCGACCGAAGUCCCAGAUAGCAAGGUUUUGGGAGCACAGGCCACACGACCACCCGAUAACGUGGAGUCCAUGAUCUUCCUCGGCAGAGAGGAUGAUGUUGUCCCAGAUGAAGGCUACAGGGAAGUCAUGCAACGCUAUCGGGAGGAGCUGCGUCGGUUGCUACUGACCACUAUGUCACUCACAGCUGUAUCACUGGACUUGCCCAUGAAUUACUUUGACAAGUACUUCAUAAUGGACAAGCAGAAAGAGAACGAGAUGUCCUUGCGCUUGGCCUACUAUCCGCCCUUCGAAAAGGGGGCCGAGCCACUGCCCAGACAACUGCGCUACGGGGAGCACACGGACUACACAGGCUUCACGCUGCUUUGGCAAGACCACAAUAUCGAUGGUCCCCAAACUGCGAAGGCCAUCCGACCUCCCCUUGGUGGCUUGCAGGUCCGAAUGCCUGAUGGUUCAUGGUCAGACUGCCCUCCAAUGCCGGGUGCCUUCACCAUCAAUGCUGGAGACCUGAUUCAGGCAUGGACCAAUGACGAGUUUCUUUCCAACGUGCAUCGGGUUGCUAACCCUCCACCUGGAGAUGAACAUGCUCGAAUCAGCUUGGUGGUGUUCACUGGUCCGGGCAACGACACGAUUGUGGAGCCUCUGCCCACUUGUGUCAGCCCAGAGCGGCCAGCAAAGUAUGCUCGCAUUUCUGCUGGAGAACACUUGAGAAAGAAGCUCCAAGCUUCCAAUCAGUGAACCUUCCUUUUGCGAAGCAGUGUCAUGGCCACAUUACUUCGAGCAUGGAUUGCUUCAUCUAACCGGUGACGAUUCAGCUCGUGUCAGAUUGGGAGUGUCGAGCAGAGUUCAGUUGGAGCAUCGUGCAGAGAAAAUG